AAGCGGUUCCCUUUUUUUUUCCUUUUUCUCUUUUUAUUUUUCUUGCAAAAAAAAAAAAAAAAAAAAAAUGGAAAAGACACAGGCGGAUAAAUCCAGUAGUCAUAGUAAUAGCUCUAACGCCAGCACAAUUAUUGGCUCUCACUACCAAGUGGGAAAGAAAUUGGGUGAAGGUAGUUUUGGUGUGAUUUAUGAAGGUUUGAAUUUAUUAAACAAUCAAUCGGUUGCCAUAAAGUUUGAACCAAGAAAGUCAGAAGUACCUCAAUUGAGAGAUGAAUAUAGAACCUACAAAAUUCUUGCAGGAACCUCAGGAGUGCCAAGUGCUUAUUAUUUUGGCCAUGAAGGACUUCAUAAUGUAUUAGUGAUUGAUUUAUUAGGCCCAAGUCUCGAAGAUUUAUUCGACUUGUGCUCCCGUAAGCUGACCAUUAAGACGGUUGCCAUGGUGGCAAAGCAGAUGAUCUCUCGCGUUCAAAGUGUUCAUGAACGUAAUUUGAUCUAUCGAGAUAUUAAGCCCGACAAUUUCUUGAUUGGACGACCUGGUACGAAAUAUGCCAAUAUGGUGUUUCUUGUCGAUUAUGGUAUGGCUAAACUAUAUCGUGAUCCAAGGACAAAGAAGCAUAUUCCAUAUAGAGAACGCAGGAGUUUAUCUGGUACUGCACGUUACAUGAGUAUUAAUACGCAUUUAGGAAGAGAACAAUCAAGACGUGAUGAUUUAGAAGCUCUAGGUCAUGUAUUCAUGUACUUUUUGAGAGGCUCCCUGCCAUGGCAAGGAUUGAAAGCGGCCACCAAUAAACAAAAAUAUGAAAAGAUUGGCGAAAAGAAACAAUCUACGGUCGUGAAGGAUUUAUGUGGUGAAUUUCCUGAAGAGUUUGGCAUCUAUCUUCAAUAUGUUCGAAAACUAGGCUUUGAAGAGAAGCCAGACUAUGAUUUCCUAAGAGAAUUAUUUGAUAAAGUACUGGAGAGACAAGGAGAAACAGACGAUAAAAUCUAUGAUUGGACAUUACUAAAUGAUGGCAAAGGCUGGGAGAAUCGGUUCAAACAAUUAAAAGAAGCUCGUGCUAGAAGAUCAAAUCCCAAACCUCAAAAGAAACCAAAACCAACUGCUAUUAACAAAACCACUACAGAUAUGCCUAGUACACCUGCUUACGUACCCCUCACGGAUCCUUCUAAACCACAAAAACCACAUAAAGAGCAUGGUUUUUGGAGAAAUUUUGUUCGCUUCAUAACUUGUAAUGGUGGUCAACAAGACUAAUAAUACCCCUUAUUUUACACAUCUAUUACAUA